CCAUUUUGUUUUUCGGUUAGGUACCAGACUCCUCAGGGAAAAGUGGCUGCGAUAUCAGGCUGCUAUCGAGGAUUGCACCACUCCACUGUGGUGUAAACAAGCGGCCCUCAGGUCAUCAUCGGCGUGUGACACGAAGCAAGCCGGUGUCUUCCCUCCACCUUGUUUACACUGCAUCGCUUGCUGACAUCUUCACGUAAUCUCUACAACUCAACAAUUUGCAGGUAUUACGCUAUUUACCGGCUGGCUUGACCUUGGCAAGCGUAUUAUUGGAACUGAAUGAUUUUUCCAAACUUACCUGUAACAUAUGCACUACUUGAGCGAGAUUAAUAUUCUGCGUAUACUAGAAGGUGCUGCUGAGUUACAAUCCUUUUGUACCACAACUUAAGAUCGUAACAACAAUGCCGGAUAUAAACAAACAAGCUAAACUUGUUUUUGUAUGUGGACUUAUGGAUUUGUUGGUACGAAUUCAUGUCGGUCGAAGUUAGAUUUAGAAAAACUUUGUGCCUCGAUUGCGUGCAUAAUUAGCCGGCGAAGAUUGUCAAGCUAAACAGAAGACUGUCAAUCCUCAGGUGCUUAAACCAAAUGCAUCUCUGACAUUCUACAUGUCCAAUGCUGUACACGUGCCAGUUACAUGUACACAAGUAUAUGUCAUUAAUGCAAUUAGGUAAAACUACAGAUUUCAAUUACACAUCCUUUUAAGUUAUGCCUCGUUCUUCACAGCAUGCUGACAAUUGAGCUGGACCUCAUUGGCCCUGUUUUGUUUAGUUGCUCACAGAACUAAAUUGCCUAGUCCCUAGAAUGACUUAGAAAAUGAUAAUUUUAAGUCUUUCUCGGUGGGCUGUUGGGUUAAACAGGAGUAAACAUCAAUUUCUAUUUUAAUCAAAACUGUAACAAAAUUCUCGAACGCAAUCCGUUAUCACCAGCCCCAUUUGAGCACAAAUAGGACAGUGUACACAUCAUGCUUGUAAUUGGACAGCAUAAUAGGACAGUUAAAGGGACAGUUCACACAUCAUGUCUGUGUAAGUGGACUCUGACUGUCACAUGUGUGUGCUGUUGUCUUGCAUAUUGCCAACGUAACUAUUGAAUUUUUUUUAUGAAAAUGUAUAACCAAUUCUAAUUUCUUUCUCAAAUUUUGUCAUAGUUUUGAUUAAUUGGUAACAAGAAAUUGUGUCAUCCAAUUAUACUCAUGAUUAAAAAAUCAGACUCCUGCUCCACAGUCGUACGAUUUUGUCAUUCGCUCAUACGAUUACUGACUGAAUUGGACUCCACUCGGUUCUAUUAGCAUUAUAUAUCAGGCUGAAUAAACACAUUUUGAUUGGUUUGUAUAAUCCUUUGAAAGAAGGAUGCACAGAUGACAUCGCCAUAGACAACAUUGCAUUUUAUUGUAUUAAGCAAAUAGAUUCUAUUCUGUUGUGGUCUGUACAGUAAUAGCUAGAUCACAAAAGACAUCAAAAUGUGGUAAGAACACCAGUGACACACUCAGCAGUGCCUUGCAUGCAUUUUUCCCAACACUUACCACAUUUUGACAUCAUCUGUGAUUUAUUACCAAACAGACACAUGACAGCAUGAAAUCUAUUUGUUAACCCUUUAACACCUAAGAUCUCACAAGUAAUUCUCCUUAUUGUCUGCCAAACGAUUCUCAUUAUGUUAGUUUGGAGAAUUUGAUAUCAGAUCAAUUAGUAAUUCGCUAAUUUAUGUUUUCCUUUAUUCUCAUCACUUGCUUGCAUGAUAUUGUAUAGAUGUAGUAAGGAGAAAUUCUGUCUUGAUCACUCAUAGGAGUUAAAGGGUUGGGCAGUAUACUUUGACCUCAGCUUUGUUCUUUUUCAUUUCAGAUUAGUUUUAGUAAAAAUGGAAGUACGUGUUGAAGAUGGUUCAAUCAAUUCUGAAGCUGUGACUUCCCAAACUCAAUCAGAGAAUUUUGUUGACAAUGGAUGGGCUUCUUUUCCUGAGAUUGCCAAGAGGGAAGAAGUAAAAAGGGUAGGUUAAAUUUUGCAACUGAUCAAUGAAAUCUUUUACACCUGUUUCUCUAAAAUAUCACAUCCGUAAUCUGUUUUUUUGGUGAAGGUACUGAUUGACUGUGGUUUUGUUUCAUUUCAUAUAGAAACAAAAUCCUGAAGAUAGAGCCAACUUUCUCUCAAGGCUCACAUUUUGGUGGUUUAACUGGUGAGAAUUUUUGUAUGAAAUGAUAUAGUUUAUGUGAUCUGAUUACCUAGAAUAGGCUAUUAUACAAUCUUGAAAGGACUACUGUAGUCCUCCAUGAUUGAGGUUUUACAAGAAAUUAUCAAAGACUUGAUUCAUAUUGGACGUUAUCUAUAAAUUAGAGAAUUCUUAGUCUACAGAUGUGAAUCCUCUUCCCUUGGUCUAACUUUGUGCACCAGUGUCAAUAAAAAUAGCCAAUAACUUUAAUUUUUUCCAGGAUUAUAUCUACUGGUUACAAAAGACCACUCAAGGACAAGGAUUUAUGGGCCUUGAGGAGAGAAAAUCAAGCAACAUAUAUUGUCCCAAAACUGAAAAAGAAAUGGACAGAACAACAAAUGAAAUGCAGAAAAAUGUAAGAAACCAGAUAAAGUGUACUGUAAAAUAAUGUGAAAACUAAAGUCCUGGCUUCUUGUAUGUUUACUGAUCAUCAUCCUUGAGGCAAAUAAUUGGGUUAGAAGGAAAUAACAUGGUGGUUUUGACUGGAUGUGAAAGUUCACUUGAUGUGCCAGAGAGUCAUGAAAACUUUUGUGCCCAGUUGUAAUCACCUUCAUCUCCCUCUUGUCUUAGUUUUUCCCUUUCAGUUGGUAUUAUGAGGAUGACUGAUCGUUAGUUCUGUUUGUGUCACCUUGGAGACACACUGCUAAAAGGCUCAACUCCUAUUCCUCAUCUGUUGUAUCCAUCUCUACAUCCCUUUCACCAGGGCCCAACCUGUUGCUCUCAAAACUUCCCUUUACCUUCUGCCCUCUUCCUCUCCUCACCUCCAAGUUAUGACUGUUACCUCACCAAUAAGCACUGACUCAUCACUCCUCACCCUUCAACUCUGACUCUUGACCUUUUCCCCUUUAUUCUUGACCUAACCCUUUACUCAUCACACCCGAGUGCCCAACUCUAAGUUCUAUCCACUUUUCUCUGCUUCUAAGGAGUUAAUGCAACUAAUUAUAAGAACCCCUUCAAAUUGUUUAAGGUUGAGUAUUAAAGAACCAUCUCAUGGGACAUUGCUUGAUUUUUCUGUUGAUUAUUUUUAUUUGAUUUUGAUUAGAAAUUCAGACAGAAGAAUUCAUAAAGAUGAAGAUGAAUACAAUGAAAGUGAUAGACUAUUGGACGAUGACAGUGGCCCUGAUGAGGACAUCGAAAAUACCUCAACGAGAAAAGAGGAGAAAAAACCUUCUCUCAGAAAAACACUGGGAAGCCUGUUUGGGUUCAAGUUUGCUCUUGCUGUCUUUUGCAAGCUGUUGCACGAUUUGCUCAUUUUCAUCCAGCCUCAGCUUCUAAAGUAGAGUGUUCCCUUUCACUUGAUUUGUUAGACAAAUAUAAUAAACCUAGACUCAGAAUCUAAACUGGUGAAGGUAGAUGGAUGAUUUUUACAUAAUCCUUUAUUUUCAUUCAAUAAGUGUACAGCUUUGUUUUUUAGAUUUGCAUAACAUUUUCCAUCAUAUUUAGUCAUGCUAGAGAAAGCACUGUCCGUCACCUCCCUCACACAAAAGAAUUAAAUGAGAGGCUCAAGAUUGCAAAACUUUACUGAAUACAUAGAAUAUGCCAACGAUAAUAACAUGUGAAAUAGUUAGAAGAGUAUGCAUGGUGUUCCCAAUCCUUUGCCUCUAAUUGACAGUUAUUUAUGUUAUUGAAGCUAUUUGAAAUUUUUAAAGAACUGUUUAAUAAUUUUUUAGAUUAUUAGUUGGCUAUACUGAAGACAAAGGUGAUAUGUUUGGUCCAUGGAAGGAGUGGAAAGGCUAUGCAUAUGCUGGGGCCAUGUUUGGAGUAGCUGCUAUUCAGUCAUUGGCACUUCACCAGUAUUUCCACAUUAUGCAACAGAUUGGCAUGAGAAUGCGCACAGGCAUCAUUGGUUUGGUUUAUGAAAAGGUAACUGAGAUACUUGUGAGUUGGAAAAUCUAAAAGCUGAGAUCAGUUUGUUUGUUUUCCUGGUUUCUGCUAAUCAUUUGUGUAGAUGCAGGAGCAACAUAUGUUGGUGAAUAUUUGAGAGUGUGAUUAAAAAAAGAUUGCAUUUUUCAUUAUUUCCUUUCAUUAAAUCAUAUCACUUAAGUUCUAAGUAGAAAAUUAAACUAACCAGCCAGCUCCCAGCUGGCUUGUUAGUUCAGUUGGUAGAGUGCUGCACCAGUAUCGCAGAGGUCAUGGGUUCAAAUCCCUUACAGGCCUGAAUUUUUUUCAGGCCUUAUUUCAACUACUAGUUCAGUAGUGUUCAUUACUGUGAGGAUCGCUUCUAUAUUAAUUUCUUCACCUGCAGUGCACAUAUAUGAUUUUCAUAUAUCUACAGUCAUGUAGUACCCCUGUACAACAGUCAUUCCAGCGGAAGUGCCUUAGUUUGUGAAGAGCUACUUUGAAGUGCAGAUCAGUUGAGUUCUUUACACUUGGUGUGUGAUUAUAGUAGCGUGGACAAUGUGGGUUGAGGGGGUAGGGAGCAAGGCAAGAAGACUCCACCCUCUUUCAACCCCUUUUUUAUCGACACUCACCCUUUCUUUCUCUCCCCAGUUUUCCACUGUUUAAAAUACGAAAUAUGGCAACUAUAAUGUUCACCAACAAAAUAUUAAGCACUCGCUCACCAAAAUUAUGUGCAGGCUUGAAACACAUAAAGACAAGUAGAGCUCGCAUUGUAUUCUUUUGUGUGUAUUUCAUAGGCUCUAGUAUUGAACAGCAAGGCUAAAGGGAAGACAACAGCAGGCGAGCUUGUGAACCUGAUGUCAGUGGAUGCACAGCGCCUGAUGGAGCUCACGACUUACAUAAACUCGUUGUGGUCGAGUCCACUUCAGAUCGCUGGUUCUCUAUACUUCCUCUAUAAUACUCUUGGACUCUCCAUUCUGGCUGGACUAGGAGUCAUGAUUCUAAUUAUUCCAUUAAAUAUGUUUUUUGGAAGUAGAAUGAGUACUCUUCAGGUCAGUUAAUAGACCAGUUUUGGUCAGAAAUAGCACACCUUUGAUUUUGUUGUUCUCAACAACAAGCACCUCUAGUAUUGUGGUACAUUUUUACUUAUUCUGCUACUGUUAUGGUUUCCUUGAACGUCUCUGCACUGUUAUUUUGCUGUAGAGCACACACUUUAGUUUCUAAAAAGAGUAUGGAUGCCUCAUGUUCCAAUCCAAUUUCACGGCAGAUAGAAAUACAGGUUUCAGGUUUGCAGGUUUAUAUUCGAUUACCAGCCGCUGUUUGGGAAUAUGAGCCCACGCUCCUCCCCAUCGAACUUAGGAGCAAAGACCAGCCACAAGCCUAGUUUAUAUACUGCAGUGUUUGAUCUCGGACUUCUGUAGCUGAUGUGAUCGCCGUUAAAUGAAAACACCAAUCUUCAUAACCCCCCUUAACAAACAGUUGUGAUGUUACAGUUUGAACAGCCUUAUGGUAAAACGGCUUUUGGCAUCUGCCAUCAAAAGUGGCUACAUUUUCUAUUAAGUAGCUUGGAGAUACAGCCUAAUUUGUCAAGAGUAACCUGAAAUGUUAAAUAUUUAGCCGCGCUUUUCGUUUUGACAACUUAAUUAAAGAGGUUGACUGAAACAAUUUAUGCAAUUGAUAUUCCUCGUAACUUGAUGGAGGUUGCAAAAUGAAAGAUAUUUUAUUCUAUUUUAAACGAACCUACAGGUAAAACAAAUGAGUGAAAAAGAUGAAAGGAUUAAACUGAUGAAUGAAAUUCUUAGCGGAAUAAAGGUAAGUUUCUGCAACUUAAGGUCACGAGAACAAAGGAAAUUCUACCAACUAAGGGAAAGAUUGUGAAACAAAUUCUCCUUGUCAGCACCUUACGAAUUGUAUGGAGAACAGUAAGGAGAAUAUAAAUACUGAUGUAAGGGUGUUAACAGUAAAUAGAUCUAAUGGGACGGUCUGAUUUGUGGAUGAAUUGAAAGAGAAAGUUAGUUUCGAUCGAUCAAUCUAUGAAUUAACUGCGACUUCUUGUUUUGAUUAAUAUUAUUGUGUGUUUCCAGGUCCUCAAGUUGUACGCUUGGGAGGAGUCCUUCAUGAAAGAGGUGGAAAUAAAACGUAAAAAAGAGCUAAAGUACUUGAGGAAUUCUGAUUUCUGGGCGGCAGGAUUUAUGUUUACGUUUGGCUGUGCACCGACAUUAGUAAGUUGCUAAUCAAGACUUCUCAGGUUUUCUCUUUCCAAAACCCAAACGAGCAAAGGGAAGCAACGCUAGUGAUCGUUGUAAGCCAUUUUUUAAUUGAGUGUAGGAAGUAAUCCGAGAUUGCGUUACGUUGCUCUGUGAUUGGUUGAGAAAAUUCGCGCCACUCUUAGCCAAUCAGAUUCAAAACUAACACCAAUUACGACUUGGUCGCCCGUGUUUUCCCGCGCUUUAGGUAGUUUGCUCGUGUUUACUUUGAGUUCUCAUUGGCUCUUCUGGCGAUGAUUUUCUCUCUUCUGAUUGGCCGUUGUAGUUGCUUUGGAUUUGAUUUUAUGACAUUCAAUCGAACAAACAAACAAAAAUCAAACAAACCAAGAUAAAGUCUAGAGUCAGCCAGUUACAGUGGAACAUACCUAAGUGAACUUUUUUAUGCUCUACUUUCCAGUACAAUUUGAACUCACGUUUAUUUCUUACUACAUAAACAACUUAACUCAACCGAAUGAUCAGACUACGCAAUCAAAUGUACUCCUAAACCAUUUUUUUAUGUAAUGUAUGUCAUAUAGCAAAAAGUCUUCAAUUUAUAAUUACAGCCGGACAGUUGCUUUUUAGCGAUUGGUCAAACUGAGUAAAUGUUCUUCUAAACCGUUGUGUGCAUCUUUUUUUUUUUCUACUUUCUUCAGGUGGCAGUCACCACAUUUGCGAUCUAUGUAAUUACUGGCAAUUUGCUAACAGCUAGUAAAGCUUUCGUUGCCUUGGCGCUUUUUAAUGUGAUGCGCUUCCCACUUGUCAUGCUUCCCGAUGUCAUCGUUUCUUGUGUUCAGGUAAUUCGAAUAUUUAACCCUCUUUUGUUGUUGUUCUCUAAAUCUAAUUAGUAAACUCACAUCAACAAAAUAACCCUUUAUUUCACCGAAGAUUUUAAAAGUGACUUUAACUCAGAAUUUUGAAACAUUAUCCGCAUGGGAAUUUACUGGAAGUUUUCUUGUUUUUGUUUAUUCAUUGAUUCAUUUGUUUAUUUGUUUGUUUGUUCAACAGGCAAGUGUAUCUCUGAAGAGGCUGCAAGAUUUUCUAAACCUAGAGGAACUGGACCUCAACAAUGUCCAAAGAACAACAUGUAAGAUUUCCUGUUCACCUUCUUGUCAUUUUAAGAUAAUCAUUCAAUAAACUGUUCGUCAACUUUUAAAUGGUAACCUGCUCGCAGGGACUAAUGAUGUGAAGAAAUAGAAUAACCGAACAAUCUGCUCAGCGGAAAGGAGAGAGGAAACACAACAUUGAAGGCAACAUCAACUAUAAUGACAACACGGUCGUCAAAGACAAAGACAAAAGCAUUAGCAACAACAGCAACAAUCACAAUAACAACAACAGGCAGUGGGGGAAGCACCACACAAAGUGAACUUGUUAACUACGCCUUGUUGUGUUUUCAUUCCUUUCAAAUCCGGAAGAAAUUUUGCCUACUGCCUCAUCCACGUCCUUUUUCUGUGUUUUAUUUGUUUAUGUAUAUUUUAUUUUACAGUGUCGUCCUCUGCCGUGUCUAUCGAGAAUGGUACAUUUACGUGGAGCAGCAGAAAUGCACCUGUGUUGAAAGAGUGAGUUUUGAAAGUUAACGGCGAAUUGCCAACAUUUAAAGGUGAUAAGUAACCUGAAAGAGCAUUAUAUGUAAGUACGUAAUGUUUUAUACGCUGGAAGUAUCUCCAAACGGAAGUAAAAUCGUCUCCUAUAAACGCGCGCAAAUGAUGUACAAGUAAGUGAUAAUUAUGAGACGUUUGUUGGUUGAAACUUAACCAGUGAGGGUUUUUUUUUCCAGGGUGUCGUUGCAAAUUCCUAGUGGCUCACUUGUCGCCAUAGUCGGGCAGGUUGGAUGUGGAAAAUCUUCCUUACUUUCUGCCCUCCUUGGAGAUGCCGAGAAAGUGGAUGGAAAUGUCUCUGUGGAGGUGAGAACUCUGUAGAACGUUGUUCAAUUAUUUUUCAAAGGUGAUCAUGGAUUGCGUUAGUUUUACAUUGCUUUGCUCUCGCGUGAAGUUAGCCCUGAAGCAAUUGCUGAUAGCGUCUUGUCAAAGCUGAUAUCUAUUUGUUAAACGAGCUAUUAAAAUGCAAACUACAACCAAUUCCGACGUGAUCACUUUCGCUUUUCCUGCGCUUGAAGCGGUUUACAUCCUGUUUUCUUGUAUUUCGCAUAUUUGUAGGGAUCUGUGGCGUAUGUUGCUCAGCAGGCCUGGAUACAGAACGCAACUUUACGAGACAAUAUUCUGUUCAGCAAAGCCAUGGAUUCUGCACGCUACGAAAACGUACUUGACUCGUGUGCUUUGAGACCUGACCUGGAAAUUCUUCCUGCUGGUGACUCCACAGAAAUUGGAGAGCGAGUAUGUUCUUUUGUUUCUUUUCAAAGGCGCUAGGAUUCUCAACAGGCGUCUGAGCAUUAAAACCAAUAUAAUUCAAAGUGCACAAAUUUAUAACAACACCAGUAGGCACACUUUGUAAGCUAUCCAAUUCCUUAGACUAUGGCUCCACACAUGGUUGUUUUGGGAAAAAGAACCAAAAUGAUUAAAAAAAUGAUGAGACUUCCACGUUUUCUAUGAGGUAUUUACCUUUUAUUCCCGUAGAUGUCAACUCUAUUGUUCAUGACUCCUGGUGCUUUCCUAUGUAUUCGAAAAUUUCAUUUUGUUUUAACCAUUUUUUUCUCCUCCUUUAAGGGUAUUAAUCUUAGUGGUGGACAAAAACAACGUGUAAGCUUGGCUCGUGCUGUGUACUUCAAUGCUGAUAUCUACUUGUUGGACGAUCCGCUCAGUGCUGUGGACUCACAUGUUGGAAAACACAUAUUUGAGAACGUUGUAGGGCCACGAGGAAUGUUAAAAAAUAAGGUUUGCUAGAGUUCGUGUUUUAGAGCUUGCAGGCUCAUUUUCUGGGCAGCGUUAUAUGUUUUGCGAUCAGUACUUCAUUUUAAAUGUUACCAGGCAGGCGGGCUCAAUCCCACGGCUAGUCUGUGUAUUAACUGCCCUCACAAUUUGAUUCAAGGAAUUUUGAGAUUAUAAGUGGGCCCUUUAUCGUGAAUUCAGUGUAUAUUGAGACUUGUUAGUUCCUAAGUGUUUGAUUAUAGGGAAGUUCGCCUUUUUUUUUGUUUUUUUUACAGACUCGUUUGCUCGUGACUCAUGGAGUUCAUUUUCUUCCACAAAUGGAUCAAAUUAUCGUGCUCAAGGAUGGAAGAAUUACCGAGGUUUGUUUAUUGUUCAUCUUUAAUGGCAUUGUAUAUGGAGAUAAAUGAAAGCUGGUGUGCCACAAAACAUCAUAAAUAGCACUCGUCGAACGGGAACGGUCUAUCGUGCACUUGGGUAAGAGUAAUCAAAAAAAUUCACGGUGGCAAAGUCCAUGAAUUUUUGGCAAUGUUGCAUAGGUCCGUUACAAAAAAUUCAAACUAUGCAACGGACCUUUUAAAACACACAAUUGAAAGGAAUGCCUACGUCGCCAUUGCUGCCCAGCAAAGCACAUAAAAGAGAAUUCAUAUUUUUCGGCGUUCAAUCGAUAGGCGUCCAACAGGAAGCUCAGUGGCACUGGAGACUAAUUAGACCAAUUAGCCUUACACAAGAACUAAGCUAUUCUCCCCACCAACGGUACGAUAAUUGUUGGUAAUUUAUUGUUUGUUUGUUUUUUUUUCAGUGCGGUACUUACUCAGAGUUGAUGGCCAACUCAGGAGCCUUCGCGGAAUUCUUACAAACCUACUCAUCAGAAAACCACUCUUCAGACAACUCAAUAGGUGAAAAAGUUGGCUUUUUUAUCACAAGGGAAGGGAGGGGGGGGGGGGCACGAGGUUUCGUUUCUCCCAAUACUUAUUAACCUGGUUGUUAUGAUUUUCUCUUGUAUAAACUUUCAUCCAAAGUGCUUUUGCUGCAUUUUUUAUCCACUUCCACGAUUAUGGUUUAUCAGGUCUAAGGGAGAAACAUGUGGUUUUAUAACCAAAGCGUGAAAGUCGAGUUUUCGAAUUUUUCGCCUUGACCUGCUCAAAUUCCUUUGUUACAUUUUUUUGUUUAUGUGUGUGUUAUUGUUUGUUUGUUCUAGAAAAUGAAGAACAGGGAUCUGUUGCGAAGGCUAGCUCCAAAGCAAGCAGUUCUGAUGUUAAGGAAGUAAGUCAGAAGGAUGAAAACGACGAUGAGGACGAACUGGGAAAAAUGAUUGAGGAGGAACGCUCAGAGACUGGAAAAGUGAGUAUUUAGAUAAAGAGCUUUAUGCACAAGUUGCCGACCAAGCGUUCACCUACGGGUGAAGAAUUUUUGAGAGACCUGCCAUCGUUUCAGUAUUUUACUCGCUAGUUAAUUAUUUUUGUGAUUCUUUAUUUUAUUGGUGUAAUCAUUCUUACUGUUAUCAGUGUCACUGUCAUUAUCGAUGUCAUGAUUAUAAUCAGCGUCAUUGUGAUUUCCAUCAUCGUUAUUGUCUUCAAUUUGAGUUUUGAGCUUCAUUAUCACCAUCAUCAUUAUUAUCGUCUUCGUCAUCGUCAUUAUCGUUUCCAUUGUUAAUCGUUAUCAAUAUUACUGUUAGUAUCCUUGUUACAGCCCCUGCCUUUGUCUUUACCCUCUAACUCCCAUGAGUGACCAAGAGAGAAUUUCUCCUUACAAUAUCAAUACUAUAUCAAGCAGACAAGUGAUGAGAAUACAGAAAAAUAUAAAUUACGGGGAUUAUAGGUGGCUCUAAUACUAAAUUCUCCAAACUAACCACCUAAGAAUUAUAUGGCACACAGUAGGGAGAAUUACUAAUGAGAUCUUGGAACGGAAUGGUUAUAAGUAUCAAUAAUGUGACUUCUCGCAUUGUUUUAGGUCAAGUUCGCAGUAUUCUUCUCCUAUCUCAAGUCUGUGGGCUGUUGCGCUUCCUUCCUAACCAUAGUGUCCUUUCUCCUGAUGGAAGCCUGCACAGUAGGGACAGGAAUAUGGCUGGCUUACUGGAGCUCGGCAAAUGUCACUACAGACGAACAAAGAAACUUGUACUUGGGAAUUUACGGUGGCCUCGGUUUGGGUCAAGGAUUCUUCACUUUCCUUGUUUCUAUUUUUGUCACAGUUGGAGCUAUGAGAGCAUCUCGAAGGUUGCACUGCAACCUCCUAGUCAACGUUAUGCAUUCACCAAUGAGCUUCUUUGACACCACCCCACUGGGGAGAAUUGUCAACAGGUUCUCGAAAGAUUUGUACACUAUUGAUGAUACCAUACCGCGGUGUGUCACGGAUUUUAUUUGGUGUUCACUCGAAAUUAUUGGGAUGAUCGUAGCGAUUAGUUACGCCACUCCGCUGUUUUUAGCUACGUUGCCUGUUGUUGCAAUUUUUUAUUUUUAUAUACAGGUGAGUGAACCAAGGCGAAAAGAAAGCCUUGGGCCCGCUUUUGAAAAGAAAGCCUUGGGCCCGCUUUUGCUGUGACGAGUUUUCCUUGUUUGUAUAUGUGGAAGAAGGUGACCUGUUAUUUCUUCUGGUAGACGUGACUUUCUAAGACUAGCGGACCUCGACAAAAGUUGCCAUGAACAAAAUUUGUCAGCACGGAUUGUAUUAAUUACGUAACGAGAACAUUUUAGCAGUCUCAAAUUUAAUUCUACUCCAGCAAGCUUUAGCCUAAAUUAUCCAACUUGCAUUAAUUUUGGCGAACAGUAUUUCUUUAAUCGAGAAUUGACUAAUUUUUCCCCUUGGUCGUUAUGUUAAGAGCAUUGAACUGUUUUAAUAUAUUUCUACAGAGAGUUUAUGUAGCAACUUCGCGGCAGUUGAAGAGGAUCGAGUCCGUCAGUCGGUCACCAAUCUAUAGUCACUUCCUGGAAACAGUGAACGGCGCCAGCACCAUACGAGCAUAUUCUCAACAACGCCGUUUUAUCCUCGAUAAUUACUAUAGAACAGAUGAGAAUCAAGUGGCUUACUAUUCUACUGUAUCCUCAAACAGGUGAGGAAGAACAAGUGAAAGCAGAACUCGGAGGAUUCAUUGGAGUUUCAAAGCUGACGUUUCGAGCGUUAGCUCUUCGUCAGAGCGUGGAUAAAAGCACCUGUUCUGAGCGUCGUUUCUUUUCUUUCUUUUUUUUUUUUUUUUCCACGUAAGCUCUGUUGUGGCCGGGAUUGCUAAACUGACGUUAAUGUCAAUGUGAUUGGAGAUAGUGCAGUACGUGCGGUUCGUCUAUGUUAGUUUAACGUCUUGACAUAUCUGCUCAUCCAUGUUUUGGACACUUAAAGGUCUUAUUUUAGUUUCCACGUGCAAGUGAUAGAGGUGUCAGUUGAAUACAAUUUUGUUUCACAAUAAAUGUAGGAAGACAAAGUUAGGGACAGAAAUUGGGUCCAUUUGAUCCAAGGUGAUCGUUUUAAAUAGGGAUAAUUGAUACUUUGUUUUCAUUGUUUCCACAGGUGGCUCGCAGUUCGUCUUGAAUUUCUCGGUAACUGCUUGAUAUUAUUCGCUGGGUUAUUUGCUGUCUUAAGCAGAGACAAAAUCAUGAGUGGAUUGGUGGGAAUGUCGUUAACAUAUUCGUUAGAGGUGAGUACAUUGGCUAAGCUCGGAUGUAGCAAAAGAAACGGUCAAACAUUUGCCUCGCUCCCAACUUGUGUCUUCGUAGCUCAGUCGAUAGUUGCGCGCUACUAGUCCGCUCUGGGAGGCAUGGGUUCGAAUCCCGUCGAAGCCGGGAAUUUUUUCCGUGCUUCGUUUCUGCAAUUUCUAAGAUCGAAGUCCAGCCACGUGACCUGUGAGGAUCAUUUCUUUGCUUGUAAGUGAACAUACCGAUACUAAACCAUAGCACAAGCUGAACGCGUUGUUUCACUCGCCUAUAGAAACCACAGCUGGAAGCUUGAGCGGCACUUUUGUCUAAAGAAGUUAUCAAUUUAUCUAGAUUCAUUUACUUCUUCUGUGUUGUCUUUAGAUUACGGAAACUCUCAACUGGGCAGUGCGCAUGACGAGUGAACUAGAAACUCAACUUGUUUCCGUUGAAAGAGUGAAAGAAUAUUCAGAAACAGAUACAGAGGUAACUAAUAACAAUAAUAGCAAUAAGAAUUUAAAACUAUUAAAUUCUGAGCUCGAGGGUUUUAUUGCGUGAUAGUUGUAGGUUUCUCAAAAAUUUAACCCAAAAUGAUUUUAAACUUGUUUGAUUUGUAGUUUGGUUUGAUCUAGGUCAUUUUCUUUAUCCAUUCAUUUUCAAUCAUUAUAUCAACUAUUUUGUGCAUAGGCUAGAUGGAUCAUCCCAGAAAAUCGACCGCCAGACGACUGGCCGUUUACUGGACGGAUUAUAAUAGAUCAAUUUGACUUGAAAUACAGAGAAGGAUUACCUCUUGUACUGAAACAGAUCAGCUGCGAUAUUAAACCAGGAGAAAAGGUACACAAACAAGCCAGGGUAUAUCUAAACGGUUAAUCGUCCCUCUAUGUUUUUUAUUUUGGUUUCCUAUCACUGACUAACAUGUAACUUUUUUUCUUUACCAUCACCCAGCAAACAGGUAAUGAGAAUAAUCAAACUUAUCAGCUAGUUUUUGUUAUCUUGAUUUAAUACCAAAUUCUCGAUACUAAUCUACUAGGGAAUGUGUAGCAGCUAGAGGGGAGAAUCAUCAAUCAGAUCUUGGGAGAUAAAGGGUUAAUGAAGACAGAAAUGUCAAAUAGUGAGGAAUGGCUCCUAGAUGAGGCUUUGUGGAUUAACUGGGUACUUUUUCUCUGUCUUUGGUGGAGAGACUAAAAUUACGAAGUUCAACUUUUGAAAUCGUUCUUAAUCUUAAGCUUUGUGCGUAAUGCAUUAUUGUUGACUGGAAAGCUGCCGUGGCUAGCGUCAAAUUGUACAGUGAUGAUAUUGAGGGCCAGCGAACUGUAAACUUACACUUUCAUAUGCAUUUGACCGUGAAGUCUGAUCGUCUGGGUGAGUGAAGGCCUCAGCUCCUAAAAUAUCAGUGCAAUAUCAAGCAGACAAGUGAUGAGAACAAAGAAAAAUAUUAUUUGGGGAAUUACUAGUUGAUCCAAUACCAAAUUCUCCGAACUUACAUCAUAAGAGAUGUGUGGCAGAAUUACUGAAGAGAGCCUUGAAUUGAAAGGGUUGAAAGAGCUACUGUCAAUGGCACUGAGUGACUAAUGUUUCGACAACCCGAGCGGAAAUCCUAAUCAGAGUCAAGUUCUUGCUAUUUACCCCACGCUUCUAUCCGGGUUUACGUUCAAUCAGGUUGUAAAAUCACUUCAUAUUUUAGCGCCCUUUUUUUUAAUUCCAACAGAUAGGCAUUGUUGGCCGAACUGGAGCGGGAAAGUCGUCAUUGACGUUAGCUUUGUUCCGUAUUCUGGAGAGAGCUGGUGGAAAAAUAACCAUCGAUGGUGUUGACAUCGCUACCCUUGGGCUGCAGGAUUUACGCUCGCGGCUAACCAUCAUCCCACAGGUAAUAGCACAGUAUAGGUAUACGUGUUUAAGCAAUAUUGACACGUGUACGGACACGUGUGUAUAUGAGAUGUGAUGGUCUGUUGAUUAGUACGCUGGACUCCUGAUUGAGAGGUCCUGGUGCCGUGUUUUACUUCGAAAAGGUUUACACAGGGUGGGACUACGCCCUUGGGGCCUUCGGUCCCACAAGGAGAUGUUAUCAUAGUCUACGAAGGGCUGGUAGCAAAUGAUCCAAGACUUGUGAUCUAAGAGCUUGCUGUUUUUCUCGAUCAAAUUUAAUUUUGUUGUUGUUGUCUUUUCUAUUACUGUUAGUGUUAUUUUUUCGUAACAUAAUCCUUCUGAUUCUUGGCAUGAAUAAUGCAACAGGAUCCAGUGCUGUUCUCUGGGAGCCUUCGACUUAACUUGGAUCCUUUUAAUAAAUACACUGAUGACCAGCUAUGGUACGUGUUGGAAGUGAGUCACCUGAAGAACUUUAUCUCAGGGCUUAAUGAAGGACUUCAGUACACAAUUGCAGAGGGAGGAGAGAACUUGAGGUGAUUAACUUGACGAACUUUUUCUUUUAACUUUAUUUCAUGUAAAAAACAAAUUAUUCAUACUGGCUGUACUCCACAGUGUUGGUCAACGUCAGUUGGUGUGCUUAGCGCGUGCGCUGCUGCGUAAAAGUAAGAUCUUGGUUCUGGACGAAGCCACGGCUGCGGUGGACUUAGAGACUGAUGAACUCAUUCAGCAAACGAUUCGGCGAGAGUUUGCUGACCGCACAGUAUUCACCAUAGCUCACAGGCUCAACACCAUUAUGGAUUAUGACAGGUCAGUAUCUUUUGCUCGACUUGUGAGUUCUGUUUUGAUUAGAAAGGGGUCUUCUCUAACGUCCGUGGUGAAGUAAGUGUAAAGUAAGUUCUUAAUAAUCUAAGACUUGAGAGUGAAUUCCUGCUCCGUAUCUGAAAAGGUCUCCCAGGAAUGAGCUAGUUACUUCGGCAUUUUGUGAUAUUCAGCUUUCUGUCGCCCGUUUGUUUUUCUUAUCAUGAUAGUUCAUACAUUUUUGGUUCAUUAAAUUUUAUCAUUACUUGUUUUUUUUGUUUUGGUUCGAUUUCUUUCUUUUUUUUUUUAUUCCGCUCUAGAGUUAAUUGAUAUGGUAGCCUUGUAAAAUGUCGAAAGCAGUGACGACUUGAUGAGGCUAGAUUUAUGAGAUGGCUGGAAUUGAAGAGGUUGUGGUUAAAAAUAAACUGUUUUGUUUCACUUGCAGGGUGUUGGUUCUCGAUAGCGGCUCCAUUGCUGAGUUUGAUUCCCCUUCAAACUUACUGAGUAGAAACGGACUUUUCGCGAAAUUGGUUCAAGAUGCCAGGCUUUCCUGA